AUGGGAAACCCUAAUAAGGGUGGCAAAGCCACCAGUGGCACUUCGGUCGCGAGGGAUUUCAACAACGCCUUGCAAGGCACACUCGCGUUCGAAGCGAUGCGGUUCACAGCCAACUAUGCAAGAAUAGCACAGGCCGAACUUCGAACCUGCGAUUAUGAUGAACUCAUGUUGGGGGUCGACAAGGCUGUUAAGCUGUUGCCUGAUAGUUUCAAUCCAAACAGCGAAGAGUGGCCCGAGAACGCAGAGGAGGUCAAUCAGAAGAUGGAAGAACUGUUAAAGGACUGCGACAAACUGGCGGGAGGGUUCAAGACGUUUGUUGAGAAUGCACGGGCAGCGGGUAUGGCUGUUAAGCGGCAACAGUAG